ACUAAAAUGUUUAUUAUAAAUUAUAAAUUAGCUUUUCGAGAUGUGUUAGUAAAUUUCUUGGUCUAGUCUUUAUUUAUAUUCGAGUCGGUGGCUUUUGUUUUCGUUUUCCGUUCGUCUCGUUGUUUCUCGGUAUUUUGCCUGUUUCUUUGAAUCGCAUAGGAAGUAGCCAUGGCGCCCAAAAAGUCAACAUCUGCACCGGCACCCAAAGCCUCAUCGUCCGGCUGUUUUGUCAAGUUGCUCACCAUCAUCGGUGUGCUAAUCGGCAUAUUCGCCCCGAUCGCCUACGUGCUUGAGCAAAACCUCGAGAAGUUCUACAUCUUCAACUUGGAAGAGCUGCAGGACGUGUCUUCCCGAGCUAUCACGGCUCACGGCAACGACACCGCCAAAAUCGUCGACUACAUCGUCGCCGAGCUGUACGAGAAGUACCCGGCCCAUGUAAACCCCAACUGGAACGUCACCGAGGAAUGGAUGUUCAACAAUGCCGGCGGCGCCAUGGGCGCCAUGUACCUGAUCCACUCCAGCAUCACUGAGUACCUCAUCAUCUUUGGGACGGCGGCCGGCACGGAAGGCCACUCGGGACGGCACACGGCGGACGACUACUUCCACAUCCUAACGGGGGAGCAGUGGGCGUUCGUCCCCGGCAAGUUCGAGCGGGAGGUGUACCCGGCGGGCAGCGUGCACCACAUGCGCCGCGGCGACGUCAAGCAGUACAAGAUGCCCGAGAGCUGCUUCGCGCUCGAGUACGCCCGCGGCUGGAUCCCCCCCAUGCUCUUCUUCGGCUUCGCCGACGGCGUCUUCAGCACCCUCGACGUCCAGACCCUCUACCGCACCGUCGUCGUCACCGGCCGGGAGACCAUCCGGAACCUUCUGGUCGGCAAGAUAUAGAUUUUAGAUUUAGAUUUAGGGGGGGCUUGUUGUUAUGAGUUAUUCUAGAGUUGUACAGAAAGCUUUUUUUUGUCUUCGCGAGCACGGCUAAUUAGAAUACUAUAGACGGCUAGAAGCGACAGUAUAUUGUAAGAAUAUAUCGCACCCCCAAUAAUGAUAAUACAACUAUCGCCCAAAGACCA